UUUGCAGGAAGCUCUGAUUUUCCUGACAUCAUCAGUGAAUGGACUUUAAAAUUAGAUUUCAAAAGUCUACUGGACACGUUCUAGGCUGGUCUAAAGAGCAGGACACAUUUCCAAGAGUGAACAAAGCAGCUACACAGAUCCAAUCUGCCUACACUUCAAGGGGUAUUAUCUUUAAAUGAGCAAAUUCUGCUCAGUGCAAGUCUUCUCUUAGAAUGGCAGAGGCAGCAAUCCUAUUUCUCCGUGUCUGCGUGCAACUGCUUGCCCUGCCCAUAUAUCUGCUAUCGUUCCUGGGCGUAUGGAAACCUUUUGGUAGUAAGGUCUUCUUCCCCUUUUUCAUAGAGAGGUUCUCUGAACAUUACAACCAGAAAACAUCAGUGCAGAAAUGGGAGCUGUUUCACAACCUGCGGGAGUUCACAGGCUCUUCGAAAGUACUGAGGCUGCUGGAAAUUGGGACCGGCACUGGCACCAACUUCCAAUUCUAUCCACCUGGCUGUAGAAUUACCUGUUCAGACACAAACAGCAACUUCCAGCGUGGUCUUUCCAAGAGCAUGAACCAGAACCAGCACCUGCAGUUUGAGCACUUCCUGGUGGCUCCAGCGGAGAACUUGAACCAGGUGGCUGAUGGCUCCAUGGAUGUAGUGGUCUGCACCUUGGUCCUGUGCUCUGUGCAGAAUGUAGAGGAUGUCUUGAAAGAAGUUAAGAGAGUGCUCAGACCAGGUGGUGCUUUCUACUUCUUAGAGCACGUGGCUGCAGAUCAUUCAAGCUGGAGCUAUUUUUGGCAGCAAGUCCUCUAUCCAACCUGGAAGCUUGUGUUUAACGGAUGCUGCUUGACGAGAGAGCCGUGGAAAGAGAUAGAAAAGGCCAAGUUUUCAGAAGUAAAGUUACGGCACAUAAGUGUGCCCUUAUGGUGGACUCCUCUUGAGGCUCAUGUAAUUGGAUAUGCUGUGAAAUAAUUCUCAGUAUGGUUUAAAAUAUGAAUUGCUUUGCUUCUGUGGAAAGCAUAUAAUUAAUUUGGCAAUCAGGACUCGUAGUAGAGAUGAUCUCUUUUAUUAGAUAGACAAGAUUGUUGCAAAAAAAGUUCUGUAAUUGCAAGCUUUCAGA